CAAGCCGCCAACACCGCCGCCGCCCGCCCAUGCUCUCGGCCACAGGGAAGGCUCGCCACCUCCUCCGCCUCUUCCCGGUCCCCAGAAUGGGCGACUUCGCCUCGAGGGUCGUGGUCGGCCCCCAGGAGGCCUUGCCGGGCCGGAAGGAGCCGAUCGCGGUAGCAGCCAGACAUCAUGUCAAUGGCAACAGAACGGUUGAACCUUUCCCAGAGGGAACACAGAUGGCUGUAUUUGGAAUGGGCUGCUUCUGGGGAGCUGAAAGGAAAUUCUGGACCUUGAAAGGCGUGUAUUCAACCCAAGUGGGCUUUGCAGGAGGCUACACCACCAAUCCUACUUACAAAGAAGUCUGCUCAGAAAAAACUGGCCAUGCAGAAGUCGUGCGGGUUGUGUACCAGCCAGAACACAUCAGCUUUGCGGAACUGCUCAAGGUCUUCUGGGAGAAUCACGACCCGACCCAAGGCAUGCGCCAAGGCAAUGACCACGGCACCCAGUACCGGUCAGCGAUCUACGUGACCUCGGCCACGCAGAUGGAGGCGGCCCUGAGGUCCAAGGAGGACUACCAGAAGGUUCUCUCGGAGCACGGCUUCGGGCCCAUCACCACCGACAUCCGCGCGGGGCAGGCGUUCUACUACGCCGAGGACUACCAUCAGCAGUACCUGAGCAAGAACCCCCGCGGCUACUGCGGCCUGGGCGGCACCGGCCUCUCCUGCCCACUGGGCAUCAGACAGUAACUGCCACAUGUCGCGAGGUGGACCCUGGGGCGGCAGCAAAAACGCCGCCGCCCAGUGGGGCCAAGGCUUCCGGGGUUCACCUCGGGGGCUUUUGGAGUUCACGUAUCACAGAGACAAUCAUACAAAUCCAGUUUGCACGGAGGUUUGAUUCAAGGGAAGUACAGCAGCCAGCUGACCCAAUGUAAUUUGUCUUCUAGUAGGGGUUGGGGCGGAGCAUGGAAUUUUCUGGAUCACUUGGGGUCUAGCUGGAGAUGAUGAAUAGCUUGAGACCGUGUUUCUGGUCACAGAUGCCGAGGGAGGCGCUGGGGACAGCGGCCGGUGCCACGGCGCUGGCAUCCUCGCUCCCUCCCCCCCUCCCGCCCCCCAGUGCCUUACAAUCUGCGAAUGUUCACAGUUUUGAUUAAUCACCCAAAGAAAUGAUAGGAAAAGGGUCACUCUGGCCCUUCCCAGCCCUCUUUGUGCAGAGAAAAGAUGCAGGUUACCGCAAUGAAUUCAGUGCUUUGCUUACAGCUAUGAGAAAUGCUUGUUCU